GAAGGAAGCAACAUUUGAUUGGUCAAUGAGUGAGCAUGUCGCCAUCUCAAUGAGGCACACGUGUGUCGCACCCUCCCCCUCCCCCAUCCGUCCAUCCAUCCAUCCAUCCACCCACCAUGCUCUCGCCACGCGCACCACUCACUGAACCAAUCUCCUACUCUUGCCCUUGCACUUGGCCUCCCUCCUGCGUCAGUGUCGUGCGCCUCUUCCGUCUCGCACACCCCCACGCCAUGGGCAGCCACACAUGCGGUUCAUGCACGUGUGGACGACCAUGACGUGGCUGUGCGCUAAAUGGAAGAGGCCACACUGAUGACACAGACUGACUGACAAGGCACCAGCCAGCAGAUCCCGAGAGAGAGGAAGGAACGGGGCGGACGGUGUAUCUCGGAAAAGGCUCGUUCGGUCCGUCGCAGUACAGCGGAUAGGCCGCAAGCAGACAUACCAAGCCACACACAGACAAACACACACACACACGUACUCACUACAUCCAUACAGACAGACAGACAGAUAGACGUACAAACGUGUGGGCAGGCAGGCAGUCAAACAGACAGCAGCGCUCUAUAGAUAUCGAUCGGUCACAGAUAUAUAUACGUCAUGUGCACCCACCAAGAGCCACGCCCGCGCAUGCAGCAAUCUGUCUGACAGACAGACCACUCAGUGGACCGCUUGAUUGAUAUAGGCAGCUAGACAGACAGGCAGACAGACAGACAGAUAGGCAGGCAGGGGGGCACUCUGUACAGUCCGUCCGUCCGUCAGUCAGCAAAACCGAGCGAGCAAGCGACCAGCCAGCCAGCCAGGCAACUUACACAAGCGACCCCCUCGCCAGGCCAGCCAGCAGCCGCACCAAAACAAGACACCACACACCCAGAUAGACAGAAGGUCAAGACAGCAAGAUCAGGUCAGACCCCCCAACGCCCUCAGUCAGUCAGACAGUCAGUAGGUCUUUGCGAGGUCCUUGCGUCCGCAGAAUUUGGCCGCCAGUCCCCUGCCCAGCCCCGUCACGAUCUUGUACCCCCAGAAGAACGACACCGCCUGCAGCCCAAACGCCCCGCCCUUCACCAUCCACGUGUUCUUGUCGCUCACUAUCGUCCGGUACGUCAGAACCGGAGCCGGGCCGAACCGAGCCCCCAGAAACACGAUGCAGAACCAAAGCGACACCCAGUCGUAGGCCGACAGCCGCAGGGGGGACCGCUUCCGCUUCUCGGAUUGUGAGGGGUCGUUGUGCGCUGGGGGCUGUGGCGGUGGUGGCUGUGGUGAUGAUGGGUUCUUGUCGCGUUGUUCUCUGAGGAAGUGUCUUGCGAUGAGGAGGGGGGUGGAGAGCUCUGCGAUGAAGGUGCAGUAGACGAGCUCCGUACCCGACUUGUCGUCACGCAAACACGACAGCAGGCCCACGAUGCUCGAAAAGUGAUGCAGAGUCAUCCCCCAGUGACCUGACGACACAUCACACCGCACCACCACACCAACACACACAUGCCAUGCGACUCUAUCCUGUCUGUGUCAUGACCUCCCUCCCUCUCUCAUCUCACUAGCUAAGCUCACCGAGUGUGGUGGCGACUCCGAGGUCAUAGAAGAAGUAGCCCGCCCCGAUCUGCAGGAGCCUCCUCUGCAUGGGCAGCAUCUGCGCCCCGAUCUCGCUGUGGAGGUUCUCUGUCCACACGACAUAGCCGCCCAGGGUGAUGCAGAGGACGCUGUGCAGGGCGGUGACCAUUUUGUUGAUGGGCUCGAUGGUCCGCUUGGGGUAGAAGCUCUUUAAAAUGAAGUGCAGCAGCACCCACACGCACACCUGCGACAGGAUGGGGCCCCAUAUCGACGCUGACAGCCACUCGCUGCCCGCAAGCAUGUCCAACGUGGCUUCUUAGAGGGUGGGUGCUGCUCAACACAUCCA